CGAGCGCGAUGGAGGCGGGGGAAAGCCGCGCCAGCUCUCUCUGCGGGGACGGGAGCGAGGAGUCCACGCCCGGGGCCAGCGCUGCAGAGCUGGCGUGCAGUCAACCCGCGCUUCAGCGGGGCGAACAACGAGGCUCUGCUGCGCUUCCCCGAGAAGCAGAGUGACGGUUGAUUGGCGCCACCGUGAAGGGGGAAGAGAGGGACUUGGAAGGGGGAGACCCAGAAGGUGUCACCCUAGGGUCUGGAAGUGGAGGAUGAACGGAGAAGCAGACAGUCCAACCGAAUUAGACAUGACAGCCCCUAAGAAUCAAGACCGUUGGACCCAGGAAGAUAUGCUGACCCUCUUGGAGUGCAUGAAGAACAAUUUGCCCUCCAAUGAUGGUGGCAAGUUCAAAACCACUGAAUCCCACCUGGAUUGGGACAAAGUUGCUUUCAAGGACUUCUCCGGCGACAUGUGCAGGAUGAAAUGGAUUGAGAUCUCUACUGAGAUAAGAAAGUAUCGAACCCUGACAGAACUGAUCAUGGAUGCCGAAGAGCACGUAAAAAACCCCUACAAGGGCAAAAAGCUGAAGAAACAUCCCGACUUCCCCAAGAAACCUUUGACCCCAUACUUCCGUUUCUUCAUGGAGAAGCGAGCAAAGUAUGCAAAACUGCAUCCAGAAAUGAGUAACCUGGAUCUUACCAAGAUACUUUCCAAAAAGUAUAAGGAGCUCCCUGACAAGAAAAAGAUGAAGUAUAUCCAGGACUUCCAGCGAGAGAAACAAGACUUUGAGCGAAAUUUGGCAAGAUUUAGAGAAGACCACCCUGACCUCAUUCAGAAUGCCAAGAAAAAUGACGUCCCAGAGAAACCCAAGACUCCCCAACAGCUCUGGUACACCCAUGAGAAGAAGAUAUACCUGAAAAUGCACCCUGAUGCCACCACGAAGGAAGUGAAGGAUUCGUUGGGCAAGCAAUGGUCUCAGCUCUCGGACAAAAAAAGGCUGAAAUGGAUUCAUAAGGCUCUGGAGCAGCGGAAGGAGUAUGAGGAAAUGAUGCGAGAUUAUAUCCAGAAGCAUCCAGAGAUGAACAUUGAGGAGGGGGCACCACCCCGUUCUACGCUGACUAAAGCAGAGAGGCAAUUGAAAGACAAGUUUGAUGGACGACCCACCAAGCCCCCUCCGAAUAGUUAUUCGCUGUACUGUGCUGAGCUGAUGGCAAACAUGAAAGAUGUCCCGAGCACAGAACGGAUGGUGCUCUGCAGUCAGCAAUGGAAGCUGCUUUCCCAGAAGGAGAAAGAUGCCUACCACAAGAAGUGUGAUCAGAGAAAGAAAGAUUAUGAAAUUGAACUUUUGCGUUUCCUGGAGAGCUUACCUGAAGAGGAACAACAGAGGGUUCUGGGAGAGGAAAAGAUGCUGGGAGUGAACAAGAAAGCUGCCACCAGUCCUGCCUCUAAGAAGCCCUCACCAGAUGCCAGCAAGGGAGGUUCUGAGAAACCCAAACGGCCCGUUUCUGCUAUGUUUAUCUUCUCGGAGGAGAAACGCAAGCAGCUGCAGGAAGAGCGACCCGAACUGUCGGAGAAUGAACUGACCCGGCUGCUGGCACGGAUGUGGAAUGACCUUUCAGAGAAAAAAAAGGCCAAGUACAAAGCUCGUGAGACUGCCAUGAAAACUCAGACAGAGAAGAAGCAUGGUUCUGACAAAGAAGAUCGAGGCAAGCUUCCAGAGACACCAAAGACAGCUGAAGAGAUUUGGCAGCAAAGUAUUAUUGGCGAUUAUCUUGCUCGCUUCAAGAAUGACCGGGGGAAAGCACUAAAAGCCAUGGAAGCCACAUGGAACAACAUGGAGAAAAAAGAGAAGCUAAUGUGGAUCAAGAAAGCUGCUGAAGAUCAGAAACGAUAUGAUCGAGAAUUGAUUGAGAUGAGGGCACCACCACCUUCAACAAAUGCCUCCAGGAAGAUGAAGUUCCAGGGUGAGCCCAAGAAGCCCCCCAUGAAUGGGUAUCAGAAGUUUUCUCAGGAGCUGCUUUCAAAUGGUGAACUGAACCAUCUUCCCCUGAAGGAGAGGAUGGUGGAGAUUGGUAGUCGUUGGCAGCGCAUCUCACAGGGUCAAAAGGAACAGUACAAGAAGUUGGCUGAGGAACAGCAGAAACAGUACAAAGUGCAGCUGGAAAUGUGGAUGAAGAGUUUGUCACCACAAGAGAAAGCUGCAUACAAAGAACAUAUCUCCAGUAAACGCAAAAACAUGGGAAAGAUGCGUGGCCCAAACCCUAAGAUGAAACCUUCAAUACAGUCUAAAUCAGAAUCAGAGGAUGAAGAUGAUGAUGAUGACGACGAUGAUGAUGAUGAAGAGGAAGAUGACGACGAUGAUGAAAACGGUGACUCUUCUGAGGAGGGAGGGGAUUCCUCUGAUUCAAGCAGUGAAGAAGAGAGUGAAGAUGGAGAUGAGAACGAAGAAGAGGAUGAUGAAGAAGAUGAGGAUGACGAUGACGACGACAACGAAUCCGAUGGAAGCAGCAGUUCUUCCUCCUCCUCAGGAGACUCUUCAGAUUCGGACUCCAAUUGAAUUGUCCCCUUCCUACAGCCGCCUUUCUUGCUCUACUCUUAUUCGGUUUUAUUUUUUCCGGAUAACAAUAACAUCCACAGCUGGAGAGCUAGAAUGGGGAGGAAUGGGAAGGAAAGGGGAGAGUAAAGAAAUCACUGUGGUUUUAUUAUUUUCCUUUCCUCACAGGCCUCACACUUGUAUUUAACAACGUGGGCUUGUGUGCGAUGGGGGCGGAUAGAAAAUACCUAACAACCAGCAGAGAGAUUAUUUUUUCUUUUCUUUUUUGAAGUGGUCAUGAUGGGGGCGGAGGGAGAGAUUUAUUCUAUGCCCCUCUGUUUUUCUCCCCCGUCGUAAAUCUCUCUGGGGUUUCCCCACUUUUUGUGAGGGGUGGGCAAGGGUCAUGGCAAAAUCCCAAACCCCGUUGAUUUUCUUCCUGACAUCGGCAUCUCUUCCCCUUACCCCACCCCCCAAUUCUAGCCACCAGCUCGGGACUUUGUACAAAUUCCUUUUUUUAAAAAAAACAAACAACAUGGCAAUGUUUCCCUUUUCCCCCCUCCUUGCACCCCCAGCAAACAGCCCAGGAGAGAUGGGUUUCCAGAGAGCACGAGCCACGGAUGGUUCUGGACUUUGCCCGUGAGACCCACCUCUCCUUGAAGCGGACAAUCUUGUAUAGUCUUGAUAUUUCACACUUUGGCAAACAAAAAAAGAGAAACAAAAUGGCAGCAGCUGCACUUAGCUAUUUCUUAGGACGAACUGGAUAUCCAGCGUUUCCUGCUGAGGCAAAUGGGGCAGGUGGGUGGGCAUGUUUUAUGUGAGUGUCUGGCAAAGGCGAGGGGAGAGAAGGAACAGAGAAAUUUCUUUUUGUUUUUGCAAAGGGAAAUGUCUGGUAUGCUGUUGGAGGAGAAGAAUUUAAGACUUCCAAGGUGACUGACUUUAUUUUACAGGAGGUGGAUUUUUUUUCCCUGUCAUUUUUCUGACCAGCAUUUGGGCAAAAGACCGUAGUAGCCAGACCCCUUUGGGUUGUUGUUGUUGUUAAUAUAUCUUUUUUUUAUAAUGAAGUGACCAAUAAUUGUACCAAAAUGGGGCAUUUUGUUGACUUGUCUUUGGAAAACGGCGUUUGGUUACGGGGGAUCAUCUGUGUCAUUAGCAUUUUUCUUAAAAAACAUUUUAUAAACCAAGAAAGACAACCAUCUUUUUUACAACAAAUAUCGUAUCUUUGACACCCAAGCACUUCCUAUGUCUCAUUCUCAUGCAGAGUCUAAUAGGUCAAAGGUUUUGGUCAGCGGGAUUAAGGUGUAUAUAAAAGACAACAAUUUCUUUCCCCAGCAUGCAAUGGUUUUAUUCAGACUGCAGAAAUGUGUGAUCAACAAGAGACAAAUUCCAACAUGAGGUGUAUUUGCUACCCUCUUCCAUUAAGAAAACAAAAUCAUUGCAGUAUUUGCCCUGAAAUUUAAGGAUGAAGCUUUAUGACUGCCAUCAAAAACAGAAAUCUCCUCUUUUUAGUCCAGUAGGAAUAAAAGCCAAGUGAAUUCUACCAAUACUCCAGAGGUGGCAAAUGCAAUGAGCAGAGAAAGGAACUUAUUGUGUAGUGACGUUGCCCAUUAUGGUUGGUUCAGACUAAACCCAUUUAGUCAAUUAUUGAAUGGCAAGUCAACACAUAGGUACCUUCCAUUUAAUGAAUUUGUUCUAGCAAGAAUAUUUAGGCAUUUAUAUACUCAGGCAUUAACAAAAAAGAAGAGGACAAACAGAGAUACCUCUUUGUCAUUUUUAGUUUGAAAUGAGAAAAACAAGCUUGAGACAAUAGCUUGGUGUUCAUGAUCGUGGCUUUAACAUAGCUGUCCCCACUUCGGAACUUGUAGAAGUAAGUAUACAAUUACUACUAUCGGUGGGCAUGAUUGCAAGGCACUAAAAUGAAAAGGUACACAAAAGAGCCACGUUUUCCAACCAAUAAAGCUCCCACCUAUAUGCUAUGGAGCUUGUGGAACAAUAUGACUGUUUUGAGGACGAAGGAGGGAUCUUUUAGGGAGAAAGUCAAUUCCAGUUUCAAAAAGAGUCCUUCCAGUCCUAAAACAGCUCAGCCUCCUACCGCAUCCAAAAUAAAAUUACUCUGCCCUUGCAUUUCCUUGAGAUUUGAGGAAUUCUAGGUUCACAUAUGAUAAUAAGUCACUCUUAAGUGAAAACAGAAGCAAUAUUUCCAUCUCCUGACCAGAGAAAGGGUGGUAUAAAUUAUACAUCUCAGUAUUUGUGAAUAUAAGGCUAAACCGUGUCGGGACAAAGGUAGGACAAAUGAAAUUGGUUUGAACUUAAACUGUUACAUUCUAUUAUUCUAUUCACAGCUAUUUUUAUUUCUUCUCCCUAUCUAUCCCUUUACAUUUCAUUUUAAUUUGUCCAUGCAAAAUGAUUAGUUAAUUCAGUGUCUUUAAGAAUAUAUCCUUGAUCAGUCUUUAUUUCUGCAUUCUUUGGAAAAUGCACUGAUAAUAAUAGCCUUUACAUACUUUUAAGGCCAUGGCAAGCAAUUGAUGAGUUGCAACUCAGAUCUGGACUGAAAAAACAACAUGCAAUACCAAUUGUAUUCCUUUUCCUCCCUGUUACCCCUUUUCCCCUCCUUGAGGUUGUGGGAGAUAUAAAUUGAAUACAAAGUAUGUACUUCAUCUGUUUCCUUGGGGCUAAUCUGGAAAGUCUGACAUGAUUGCCAAGAAAACAGAUUUUUCUCUGCUUUACAAAAAUCUCUUGUAGACUCAGGGAAAACUUUUCAAUUUCUUUUUAAAAAUGUAUGCCUAUCCCAUCCUGGAAAUUAUGCCCCUCUUGUUUUGUUGACCUUGUUGAAUAUUACAUAUGUAGGAUGUGGCCAUUAAAAAGGGGUUCUGCAGUUAUCAGAAGGACCUGUGAACAGGCCCAAGGUCUCUGGAAGAAAGGGGACUCGAUACGUAGAGUUUUUCAAGUAGAAAAAGGGUGUUAGGGGAUAGAUAACACUGAAAGAAGUAUACAGGUUAGAGGGAGAACCUACCUUAAUGUAUCUGAUUAGAAAUUGCCCCUCUUGUCAGCUUCAUAUGCAUUUGUUAGCUAUUCCUUCAAAGUGUUUUGUGAUUUCCACACAAAGACAGUAUUGGGGCAUAAGCCAGCACCGUGAACAAUUAUUAUUUAAAUAAAAAUUGCAUUAGUUGUGAAGAUUGGCCUGGAAGUGAAUUCUCCAAAGACAGAGGAACAUGAAAGCAGGCUGAGCAGGAUUUCCUCUGACAGAUUCAUGACUCGCUGAAUCAGGACACUUUAUGAUAAAUUCUCUUUUUCUUAGGGUUUUUGUACAUUUAGUGCAAGUCACGCUCCGCCCAGUCUUGGCAUCCCCAAAAGGAGAAAUGUAAACAGCCCUUUUCUGAGAUUUUGCAAGAUGACUUCAGGUCUUUGGCUUUUCCGAGAAUAUCCUGUAACCUCUUUUGUAAAUUUGUAAGACCCUGGUGGGUGUUUAUGGAAUAAAGGAUCUUUUGAG